AUGUCAGCAACCUGUGGCCCAGAGGACAACGCUGGGUUGGAUUUUCGUCGGGUUCCGUCGGCAUUUCAGCCACAACCCGGUUCGCCCAGACUCACCACUGUUGCAGACGACGACCUUCACGGCUUGGUGCAGGAAUUCUGGCGACAGGAGGAGGUCGUGGCCAAGACUGUUCCACCCACCACGGACGAGCAAGAAGCUGAGGAUCACUUCGUCCGAACACAUUCGCGAGACGCCAGCGGCCGCUUUGUCUGCGUCUGCCUUUCAGGCUGCCGCUCCCAGACCUUGCGGGAACCAAGCGCACCGCAGCCCGCUUGCUCGGGCAUAUGGAGCGCAGGUUCGCCCGAGACGAUCAGCUGGAAGCAGCUGUAUACCGACUUCAUGCGAGGUAUGAAGUCCUGGAGCAUAUCCCCUGCCCAGCCUGCCGGCGCUGCAGGACUGGCCGACUGCUACCUGCCUCAUCACGGCGUGAUGCGCAAGGGAAGCUCGGCCAAGAUUCGAAUCGUUUUUAAUGGCUCGUCUACGGUUCUUUCAGGAGCCAGCCUCAACAGGCAUCUCAAGGUGGACCCCAAUCUGUUGCCCGCCUUGGAAGACGUUUUGCUGCGGUGGCGAGCCCAUCGCUUCGUGCUGGCGAGUGACAUCGAGAAGAUGUAUCGCCAGAUUCUCGUCGCCCCGGAGGAUCGACAUCUUCAGAGAAUUCUGUGGUGCUACGAGGACCAGACUGCUCCGCAGACCUUCGAGCUCAACACCGUGACGUACGGAAUGACCUGCGCUCCGUUCCUGGCGGUGCGCUCUCUGCGACAACUCGCCGACGACGAGGAGGCCCACUUCCCCCAUGGAUCAGCGGUGCUGCGCCGGGAUGUCUACGUGGACGACAUUCUCACGGGCGCACCCUCCAUCGAGGAAGCCAUGGAUCUCCAGCGGCAGCUAACGGAGCGGUGCACGGCGGGCGGGUUUCCGCUGAGGAAGUGGUCGGCCAACGACCCCCGCCUAUUAGCGCGCAUUGCGCGACCGGAGCACCGGACACAACGCGACCGGCUGUCGUGGACGCCGCAGGAGAAUCACGCUACUCUCGGCCUCCACUGGCACCCGAGCGGGGACUGCUUUUCCUUCUCCACUCGGUUCAUCAAGGUGUCAACUUACACGAAGCGGUCCGUCCUCUCGCUGACGGCCCGCCUCUUCGACCCACUGGGCUGGCUGGCUCCGACCGUCAUACGGGCAAAGAUCCAGUUUCAGUCCACGCGGCUGCAAGGCUUGGACUGGGACACUCCAUUGGACGAGGCCAACGCGCAACAAUGGAGCAGGUUCCAAGCUGACCUCCCUCGUCUGGAGGAAAUUCGCGUCCAGCGACGCGUGCCCAUCAGCGAAGCAGACGCCCGAGUCGAGCUGCAUGGCUUCGCGGACGCAUCCGAGCGGGCCUACGUCGCCGUUGUCUACGCGAGGACGGAAAUCCGCCAAGGAGAAAUCAAAGUUGCUCUUGUUUCAGCAAAGACCAGGGUAGCGCCGUUGAGAACGAUGUCACUACCUCGCUUGGAGCUCUGCGCGGCCUCGUUGCUUGCCAGGCUAGUGGCGCACCUCCACCAGGCUCUCGGUACAGGAGACGCGCCCAUCCAUCUGUGGUCCGACUCGACUGUCGCAUUAGGCUGGAUCCGCGGCCACCCCUCACGCUGGAAGGU